AUGGAACCAUUAAUUUUUCUUGUUAUGGGACCUAUCAAACUUGCAUCCGAAGGUUAUAAUGCCGAAAGAUUAGCAAGUAGGAUAUUCAUUAAUAGAAGUUCGAGUUCUAAAGACCAUAGUGGUGAUUCUAUAACUCUGCUAGUGAUUUCCUGGGGGGCAAAACAAGAUGUCUUUCAGAAAUCUGUUGCAAAACGAGAUGUCUCUCAAAAGUCUGUUAAUAUACGAGGAUGUGGAUCACAAUGUCGAGGGAUUUGGGGAACCGUUGUGCGAGAUGGAUCGAUCGCUUUGUGGGACAAUUUUGGAAAUCAGAUUCCUUCGGGUUUUUGCGCGAAAAAAAUAUUAAACCUUUACCACGAGUUCGUCAGCACUAAAGCUUUCGGAUUUCUUCUUACAAUAAAAAAACAUCAAAAUGAGAACAAAAAAUUCCAAACCCCUUGCAAUAAAAAUUUAUCGACUUCUGAGCAAAAAAAUAAAUUUAAGGUAUUAAUGUUUAAUAUGAAACCUCCAAGUUAA